AUGGCCGAAGUAAAACCCCCAACCGCACCACGAAAGCGAGGACGUCCACGAACCAACGUUGAUGAGCAUGUCCCAGAGAAACGUCGCCAACAGCUCCGCGAAGCUCAGCAGACCUACCGCCGGCGGAAGGAGACUACGAUCAAUACUCUACAGGCGCGCGUACAAGAGCUCGAAUCUGGUAUCGAGGAGCUGAGCCAGUCAUUUCUCUCCUUCAGUACUCUGCUCUUGAGCGAGAAUCUUCUGGAUGGCCGUCCGCGCAUUACCUCAGCUCUACAGUCAAUUACUCAACAAUGCGUGUCGCUGGCCAAACAAGGCAGUUCUGAUACUGAACAGAGCGUUGCCGAGGAUAAAGAGAAGACCUCGAAUCCAUCUAGUUCAGUAGAGAAGGUCAAUCUGGAAUUUGACAUGGAGAUUGCGCGCCACGAUCCUGUUUUGUAUUCAGGCAAUACAACUCCGUCUUUGACGUCGCUCGCCUCAUGGACGAAUAUGUCAUUACCGCGUACACCGCCAUCUCACGAUCAAGCACUUCCGUUUGAUUUCACCUUUUCGGGAUCUAUGGGACCACUUACUUCACUCCCAAGUCCACCAAUUACCAUAUCGCCUAGCGAUAUAGCGAAAGAAGGACGGUUCACUCUCUCGCAGCGCAUCGUGCUACAGUGUUGCCGCAACGGCUACAAAUUACUCGUUCAUUCGCCUGAUAAUUCCGCGAGAAUACGUCAGGUUUUCGGAGGACCAGUAACCGAACCAGAACGUGCUAGGCUGGUAUCAUGGUUUUAUAAUGCUAUGAAUGAUGAUUAUGGUGACAUGCUUGAGUCUAGGACGACAGUUCUUAGUCCCAUGUACCCGAAAAAACUCAGUUACUCAGCAGAACAGCUUGCCCAGUCGUCCAGGUCAUGGCAGCUGGUGUAUGAGGGUGGGGGUGAUUGGCUCGAUGCCAAUGGGGUACACAGACUGUUACUGGAGAAGGGAAUUGAUAUCCAGCCCGACGGCUCUCCGAACUCGGUGUUUCGAAUGAAUUCUUCUUUAUUAUUUGAUGUGUCUUCUUUUGUAAAACUCCUCGCCGGGAAUUGCGUUUGCGUUGGUAAUGGACCAGCAUUUAAGAAAACUACUGUCGAGAAGGUAUUACUGCUCGCCACUUCUACUGACCCGUGGGCAUAUGAUAGUUCAAUUGAUGUACCCGGAUUUAAUUUUUAA